AUGUAUUCGAAAAUCGAAAUUAAUAAAAAAUGUCAUCGCUAUUUUGUUCAGGACUAAUUCAUGUGGCUGGUUAUAUAUUUCAAGUCUUUAAAAUACUUUUACUAAAUUAGAAGCAAGCGUUAACCGUUAACCUAUUUAGUAGCAAUUCCUACAAACCCUAAAAAUGGUCAAAUAUAUUGCAUUUAUGGAUAUUUUAAGACAAGAGGAAAUUGAAAAGUUUUUUCAUGCUUGCCAAAUGCAUCGAGAGUACUACAAGGGUUAUCCCAGAAGUCAUCAUCCAUUAACGUAUUUCAGCGAGCCACAAUAUGCAUUCCAAUGUCCCACUGAAAUGUCGGAGUCUUAUCUGAGUUUUCCGGCAUAUCAUGUAAAGUACAAACAACCUGCUAUUUUACCGCCAACAACUGGAAGGACUUCUAGUUUUCCGCAACUUCCUGAUCGUUCUAUCGCCGGUCGUUUUAAUAAAGCCCCUUGUAAAGCUUUUGUUAGAUAAUUGGUUUAUUUUAUUUUUAAAAUAUAAACAAAAAAACAGUUUGUA